UACUCCUCCAAUAAUAAAACCGAGUUCGUCACUUGACACCAAUCCCAUAGGCCAUAUCCUCCCUCCCUCCCUCUUUAUCGAUCAUCUGUGUUAUUUUGUUAGACCAAAAUCAUCAGUGUGAGAAUGUGGCAACCGCUUCUCAUCUUCUUCCUGCUGAACUUGCCGGCGGUCCCGGCGGAGAUGGUGGAGCUCCGCCGUGGGUUUUACAGCCAAAGAUGCCCAGAGGCGGAAUCCAUCGUCAAGAACGUGAUGCUUAAGAACAUGAUAAGAGAACCCAGAAGCGCAGCCUCAGUGAUGCGCCUCCAGUUCCAUGAUUGCUUCGUUAACGGGUGUGAUGCAUCGGUGUUGCUGGACGACACGCCUACGAUGUUGGGAGAAAAGCUUUCUCUGUCGAAUAUAAAUUCACUUCGCUCGUUUGAAGUUGUCGAUGAAGUUAAGGAUGCUGUGGAAAGGGCCUGCCCGGGCGUCGUGUCCUGUGCUGAUAUCUUAAUCAUGGCUGCCAGAGAUGCAAUUGUCCUGAGCGGAGGGCCUUACUGGGAUGUGAAUCUGGGAAGGCUGGACAGCUUAACAGCAAGCCAGCAGGAUUCAGACGAUAUAAUGCCAAGCCCGAGAGCAAACGCAACCUCCCUCAUCCACCUCUUCACCACACUCAACCUCUCAGUCCAAGACCUGGUGGCCCUCUCUGGCUCUCAUUCCCUGGGCCAAGGCAGGUGCUUCUCCAUCGUGUUCCGGCUUUACAACCAAUCAGGCUCAGGCAAACCCGACCCUGCCAUCGACCCCGAGUUCAGAGAAAAGUUAGACAGGUUGUGUCCACUUGGCGGGGAUGGGAAUGUCACGGGAGACUUGGACGCCACGCCCGAGGUCUUCGACAACCAGUACUUCAAGGACUUGGUGGCUGGCAAAGGGUUUCUCAACUCCGACGAAACGCUUUUCACCAGCCCGGAGACUAGGGACUAUGUGGUCAUGUAUAGCCAAAAUCAGGAAGCAUUCUUCCAGGCAUUUAUUGAGGGGAUGAUCAAAAUGGGUGAUCUUCAGUCGGGCCGGCCUGGAGAGAUCAGAACAAACUGCAGGCUUGUCAAUACCCCGCUGCUGCCUGCCCAAAGCACGUUUCUAUACUGAUUCAAAAUGAGUGCAAUAUACCCCCAUCCCCAUAUGUUUAAACUAUUAUGUUUGGGUUUGGAGAACUGACUUAUAUUUCGUACUAAAAGAGCGCUUAUUUAAUUAAUUUCGUACGAUUCUAAUAUUUACUAUUAUAUCAUUUGUUUGGUGAAAUAAUGGGAAAGAGUGCUUCCGAUGGGAGCCCCGACAAAUAUA